UUUAGCCCAGCUUGCUGCUGUUUCCCACCUUCUUCAUGUGCCGUCCUGUGGACGCCGGCGGCAAAUACCAGGACGCCGUGUGGCCCCGUGUGACUGCAGCCAGCACAAGCGUCAGUCUCCUUUGGCCUUUGCUGCCUUCGUGUUCGGCCUCCCAGCAUCUCCUGCCCUGGGUUGCCCUCCCGGCUGGGGCAGCGGUGGCCUCGCUGCACGAGGAGGAGCGUGCCGUGCUUCCUGCAGUGGCGGUGCAGUCCGACAUGCAGAGCUGGGAGGAGCAGAGCCAAGGAGCCAUCUACACGGUGGAGUACGCCUGCAGUGCCAUAAAGAACAUGACGGACAGCAGCGUGUACUUCAAGAGCAUCGACAGCCUGCUCAAGCACGCCAUCGCCAUGAAGGACCAGCUGAACGCUGCUCAGGGCCGCAGCACUGUUGCCCCACAAGCCAAGAAUCCGCCAGCCAGUUCCUGAUUUCGGACAAGACUGGCUGUCCUCUGCCUUCUUCUCCAGCCCAGCUCCAUGCUCACCGACCACGUGGAGGAAUAAGAAACCUUCCGCUCAGUCUGUGAAGCCGCACAGAGGCCUGCCUGCCUCGCUGUUCCCAGUAACGAGGUGCUGCACCUGAGCAGGCAAAUCCUACUCCUGGGGUCAGGACUGCCUUUGUGGGGCAGUCUCUUUCCACACUGUUCUGCAAAAGGGAAGCGGGGUGGUUCUGCAUUUGUCCUUUCCAGUUCUUUCUGAUGGCAGACUGCUAUGAGGCAUUUUUCUCUCUACCUCUUGGCCACAGAAGUAUCUCAGAAAAAACUAGGUCUUGCUUUCAGUAUUUUGUAGGUGGCUGUGUAAAGACUUAAUGUAGGCACACUUCAGCUUUGUUCAGGAGGCAUUCUGCGAGGAGAGUUUUUCAUGUGUGUGCCAGGAAGUGCUGAAUUUGGUCUUAGUGAGAACAAUAAUAAAAAGGCAAAACAAAUAA